GGGCCGGGGGGGGAACCGGGAGGAGACCCCGGGAGGCGGCGGGGGCCGCAGGGGGCCCGGCGGGGCCAUGCCCAAGCUGCUGCCGGCGCAGGAGGCGGCGCGGAUCUACCACACCAACUACGUGCGGAACGCCAGGGCCAUGGGCGUGCUGUGGGCCCUCUUCACCCUCUGCUUCGCCAUCCUGAUGGUGGUGACCUUCAUCCAGCCCUACUGGAUCGGCGACAGCAUCGACACGCCGCAGGCCGGUUACUUCGGCCUCUUCUCCUACUGCAUCGGCAACGCGCUCACCGGCGAGCUCAUCUGCAAGGGCAGCCCCCUGGAUUUCGGCACCAUCCCCUCCAGCGCCUUCAAGACGGCGAUGUUCUUCGUGGGCAUCUCCACCUUCCUCAUCAUCGGCUCCAUCCUCUGCUUCAGCCUCUUCUUCUUCUGCAACGCGGCCACCGUCUACAAAGUCUGCGCCUGGAUGCAGCUGGCGGCAGCUACGGGGCUGAUGAUCGGCUGCCUGAUUUACCCCGACGGCUGGGACUCGAGCGAGGUGAGGCGCAUGUGCGGGGACAAGACGGACAAGUACACGCUGGGCGCCUGCACCGUGCGCUGGGCGUACAUCCUCUGCAUCAUCGGCAUCCUCGACGCGCUCAUCCUCUCCUUCCUGGCCUUCGUGCUGGGCAACCGGCAGGACAACCUCCUCCCGUCGGAUUUUAAAGUGGAAAGCAAAGAGGAGGGCAACGACUGACAGCUGACCACCACGGACUCCUAGAACUGCUCUUCAGCUUCAGGGGAUGCAGCCCUUUGAAAAUGACUUUUCCAGGAGCUUUACAUCUUCCCCCACCUGUGGGUUUUCUACAGUUGUUCUUUUCACAUAAGGGGCCGCUGUCGGCUCACAGCUCUCACAGGGCUUGAUGGGAAGAGCCCUGUUGGACGUGGUUUUUUGAGCCCAUCAGCAGAGACAGGGAAAGAGAGGGAGGAACAGGGACACAAUUUGCUGCUCCUUGGGGUUUGUACACCUUCUUUCAGUGAAAUGACUUCUGAAUAAAAAGGUAGCGUUUUGGA